UUCACAUUACGCCUCAUUUUGCAGAUAGCUGUGGAUAGCUUCACAUUACUCCUUUAAACAGCAUUACAAACAAAGAUGGCGACUGCGAAAGGAGCUAACACGUACAAUCGACAAAAUUGGGAAGAAUCGGAGUUCCCAAUUUUAUGUCAAACAUGCCUAGGUGACAACCCAUAUCUGAGAAUGAUGAAAGAGAGGUAUGGAAAGGAAUGUAAGAUUUGUGCCCGGCCUUUCACAGUAUUUCGCUGGUGCCCUGGAGCCAGAAUGAGGUUUAAAAAGACUGAAGUGUGUCAGACAUGUUCCAAGAUAAAGAAUGUUUGUCAAACCUGUUUAUUAGAUCUGGAAUAUGGUCUGCCUGUUCAAGUGAGAGAUGCUGCUCUGAAAGUACAGGAUAACAUGCCAAAGUCUGAUGUCAACAAAGAAUUUUACCAACAGAACAUGGAAAGGGAGAUGGCAAUUAAUGAAGGGGUGAACCCAGCAGGUGCCCUGGGUAAGGCAAUGGCCCCGAGUGACAUGUUGUUGAAGUUGGCCAGGACCACACCUUAUUAUAAGAGAAAUAGACCACAUAUCUGUUCAUUCUGGGUGAAGGGCGAAUGUAAACGAGGAGAGGAGUGCCCAUACAGACAUGAGAAGCCGACUGAUCCAGAUGACCCGUUGGCUGACCAGAAUAUCAAGGACAGAUUCUACGGGUUAAAUGAUCCAGUCGCCGACAAGCUAAUGAACAGAUAUUCAUCCAUGCCUAAACUGGAGUCCCCUGAAGAUAAAACUAUCACAACAUUGUAUGUCGGUGGUCUGGGAGACAAGGUGACUGAAAAAGAUCUUAAAGAUUAUUUCUAUCAGUUUGGAGAAAUACGUUCAAUAAAUGUGGUAGCUAAACAACAAUGUGCAUUUGUACAGUUUACAUCACGUUCAUCUGCCGAGGCAGCCUCAGAAAAGUCUUUCAACAAACUCAUUUUAAAUGGGCGGAGACUGAAUAUUAAAUGGGGGAAAUCUCAAGGUCAACAAGGUCAAGAGAAGGAAGAGGAGAAAGAAGAAGAAAAGAAUCUUGAGCCGGUCCCUGGCCUUCCUGGAGCUUUACCACACCCGCCAGAGGAAUUAGCGAACAAUUUCUUCAAUUUGAGCGGGGCACCACCAAUGCACCCCAUGCAGAUGAGACAUCCAAUGCCACCAAGAGGACCACCUCAUAUGAUGCCCAUGUUUAUAAGAGGUCCUCCACCACCAGGUGUGAGACUGCCACCCCCUCCCCCUGGUAUGAUGCCGUUGAGACCCCCACCAGGUGUCAUGCCCCGUGGCCAGGUUCCGCAGAUGCAUUACCCAUCCCAGGACCCGAACAGGAUGGGAGCUCAACAGAAUGGAUAGACAAGUCUGACCCAUCAACUGCAAUGGAAAUAUCUGCCAUCUUUAUUGUGUAUGGUGUUCAUUUGAAGCCAUGAUGUCAUUUUAUAAUGACUGUUGACAUGGUAAUUAUUGCAGUUUUAAAAGCUGCUUUAUGUGGCCAUCAAAUUUAUCAAGAUCAACAGUGUAAUGGGGAGUUUAAGAAAUAUGUGUGUUAAUAAAACUGGUGAGAAGUGAUUUUAGCAAACAAUUUUAAGAGCAUUUGAGGCAUAAUUAACAAUGCUUUUGCGGAAUAUGAGAAUGUAAAUUUAUAUGAUUAUUGAUAGAUAACUAUGUGGCGAAAAGAUCACUGUAAAUUCAACUAGUAAGGUAUGGUUAAUGUCCGAAUGGUAUAGAGUCGGUGGUUUCUAUUUAAUAAAAAUAUAAUAACAUCAUGUAUAUGCAUAUUGUCUGCUUUAAAAGUUUUAUGCAUAACCGCAUAUGAGAAAAAAAAACAUAAACAAAUAAUAACAAAUAUUUUAUUGUAUUGACCAGAACUUAAUGUAAAUAAAUAUGAAAAUAAAAAGAUGUGAAAAUUCA